GUCUUGGGUAAUAGACUCCAGCGACCGGAAGCACAGCGGAGGCCUCUGAAAAUUGCGUCACCCCGGAGUUUAUCGGCCAGUCAGAUUCACCACUGCUACCCGCGAAACACCAAUCAGCUGCUGUCUCGUUGGAGGGUCGACUUUGGGUGGAAGGGUCGCUGUAGCCUGGGAAAAGCGAGAUGGGGGUGAAGCUGGAGGUGUUUCGGAUGAUUGUGUACCUCACUUUCCCUGUGGCUAUGUUCUGGAUCUCCAAUCAGGCCGAGUGGUUUGAGAGUUCUGUCAUACAGCGCAAGAGAGAGCUAUGGCCACCUGAGAAAGAGGACCAGCGCCAAGAGCUGGAAGAAUUCCGAGAGAAAAUCCGGAAGCAGCGGGAGGAGAGACUCUUUCGAGCUGCCCAGCAGAGCUCCUGAGGCGGCCAAUCACUUUAAUCCCAGUCCUCUGCCCACGAAAUAACACAGACUCAGUUCCUUGUU